CUUUUCUUGUGUUUCCCUUACUUUCAUCGUAGUUUCUUGUAUGAGUAUAAAGAUGUGAUGCAUCGUUUUCAUUUGUUGUGUGGCCGUCGUUGUUCUAGGUUGAGUGCGGAUUAAGGGUUGCCAAUUUUCAAAUAUUUCAAACAUAAACAGUAUGACUGUAUGCCGUAUUAUUAAGUAUUUCUUAGGUAAAUGACUUCUUGGCGUCUUUCGAACCUUAGCGUUCUGCUCUUUUCAUUAUAUCUUUUUUUCUGUGACAUUUGAUACCACAAAUUAUUCAUAUCUCCAUAUAUGCAACAGUAAAAACCGAAUUGCGCUACUUUGUUUAUAUAGUGGAAUGGAAGAAGCCAGGGCUGUUCUUAAAAAGAAAGAUGCUAUUCUUGAACACCCAUCUAUGCUUGCAGAAGCAAUCGAUUGGUAUCUUUGAAACUACUUAUGACACAAUGGAUUUUUAGCAUCCGACACAAUAAUCUACAAAGUGAAUAUAACGAGGCAGAGAAACUUUUAGUGGAGAGUUAUCAAGGUGCAAUUGAGUUUCUGUUCGAACUGGGGACUUGGCUCACCUACAUUGAUGAAGAUGCUCAGUCUACUCGUAACAUAAUUGAAUCAGUUGUCAAGGAGGCCAUUCUUCAAAACUAUGAUCGUUCCAAAGCCAUAACAUGCUUAACAGAUGAAGCGUCAGCCGAUACUAUGGAGUGGCUUAGUCAAAUGGUUGAAUCUCCAACUUGGCGUCAGACUAUAUAUAACCUAGCUCAACAUCCACGAAAUGAAGAUUGUCCUUUUUUAUCGUUAUCUAUGCCGUGUAUAGCUGUGAAGGAAAGUCUCAUUGGCGAGCUCGUAUCCGUUCCGCUUGCAUGGAACACUCUAGGGAUUUUCCUAAAGUGUGUUAUAUAUGUUUUACAACCACUACUGGCUGCUGGUGACACAGUUAAAGAUCAGACAUUCAUGUACUCUAUUGCAUUUUUACAGCCGAAACGGAAUAAUGCUUCAUUUGCUAAUUAUUCGAAUGUUUCGCAUUCAGAAAUGAGCUUGGCAAAUUCAGAUUCCCUUCCACCUAUUGAUGAUGUUAAGGGCUUUGUUUCCGCUGUUGAUGAUGAACGUCAACCGUACUCUUCAGCAGAGUCUCACUCUUCUUUUGAUACUGCGCAAGAUAUGUUAACCCAUUUUUUGGAAAUGGGUUGUCAUAGUGAACAUGGAUAUCUACUCUUGCAAUCAAUCUUGCAGUGUUUGGCUCGGAAGAUGAAGAGCCAUUGCGCUCAUCAUCUCAUUUGGUUAUUGGAGGCAGAAGCUAGUCGAAGGGGUCGUGACGUAAGUCGGUACACAACGUAUCUCUGUGGUGCCCGAGAUUAUCCUGACAGUAUGGAUGCGAUGCGCACUAUUCUUAAAGAACAAGACUUGGUUCCGGAUGCAGUUUUACAGCUUCAGGAAGCAUAUAAAGAAGAUGCACCACCACCAGUAGCUUUGUUACGACAGCCUAUUUUCAUCGCACUUCUAGCAGACGCAUUGUUUGCAAGUUCUGAUAGAUUACUCACUGAACAAUUAGAGCAAUAUGCAUAUCUUUACAGUUAUGCUGCAAUGGUUGUUGAGGAGAUUGAACCCACUUCUGAACGACGUAUUUCAUGUAUACGUACUGAAGUUGACGAAGCAAAACGUGAAGUUUUAGAAGCAAGCCGAAUUUGUAGACAAUGGAAUAAUAUGUCUGGCAGUGGAAUUAGUCUACGUGCUUUCCGAGAUCUUCCAUCGCUUUUGAAAUGUUUACCUUGCCGACCUGUCUCACUUGGCGUAUUUCGUUUUGUUCGAGUCGUUUUUCACACGAAACGUGUUGAUUUCGAGUUAAAUUUGGACACAAUGAAACCUUACUGUAUAGUAGUGAAUGAAUUGGCUGAAGUUAAUGAAUAUCUGCGUCCAGCUGUCUUAGCAUUUAUCACGGAACUACUGGCUUCUUCAGUUGAAGGAAUGGAAGACUUGAGCCAGUUGGAAUACAAACGAAUGUUGGUUGGAUUACUCGUUCAUUUACUAUCGUGUGGUCAUGUACUUCCUGUAAUCAACACGAUGCAUAGACUUUUUUUACGAAAUCGUGUUGAUGUUUCGAUUGUUCGUCACUUUGUUACAGAAGUCCUAAAGGUUGCGGGACAGCCUUACUCAACAUUCUUCAUGAAUGCACUACAUCCUCUUGUUGUUCAUCCAGAUAUCAGUGAUGGUUUGAAAGGUGGAAAAGACACGGAUUACGUAAAUGAAUUCCUUGAGUACUAUGAAAAAGAGAACUCGUUAUCGCCAAGUUACUAACAAGUUGUCACCGUAAAACUUAUGUACAUAAUAUGUUCUUUAUAAUUAUACAAUGUGUUUUUUUAUAAGUCCUCCUUUUAUUUAAUUAAUAAAUCCUUCUCAUUGAUACUACAAAAUAUCUAAUAAUAAUCGAUGAAAAACACUUGAGCCUGAAACAUUUUAUUUUAGAACCAGUAGUGUAGUUAGAUCGAUAGUUUGAAGUGUGAUUUAUUCUGAACAGUCAUCUUUCAACCAUUCAUUAAACUACUGAAAUCGAAACCAUGAUAUAUAUAUCGAAAUGUGAUACAAUCCAGUUUAUAGAUCCUCUCAUGGUUACAAUAUGUCAUUUGUACAUAGUUUAUAUGCACAACCAUUCCUGUUUUUUGUGUGGACUUUGGAAUGAUCCAAAAAAGGAUAAGAUAAAAAACGCAAUGUACAGUGGCUUUAAAUUAAUU